AUGUCGGACAUUAACGAUGAGAAGGAGCUGAGCGUCAGCGUGGGAGAAUCGUCGCAACCACAGCAGAAGGAACGUCGCAAGAUCGAAAUCAAGUUUAUCCAGGACAAAACAAGACGACACAUCACUUUUUCCAAGCGGAAGCACGGGAUCAUGAAAAAGGCUUACGAGUUGUCAGUGCUUACCGGCACGCAAGUGCUAUUGUUGGUGGUUUCUGAGACCGGGCUCGUGUAUACGUUCACGACUCCGAAAUUUCAGCCCAUUGUGACGCAGCCAGAGGGCAAAAAUCUUAUCCAGGCGUGUUUGAAUGCGCCCGAGGACGAAGACGAGGUUGAGGAAGAGGAGGACGAUGCAGAAGAGGAGGAAGAAGAAGUUGAUUCCACAGAAACCGCCAAGUUGCAGCGAGCUCGUGCAGCGGCGUCUGCGGUGCAGCAACAGCAGCAACAAGAGCAGCAACAAGCGCAGCAAAACCAGCAACACAGCCAGCAGCAGCAUCAACAGCAUCAACAACAACAGCAACAGCAGCAACAACAACAGCAGCAGCAACAGCCCUCGUUAAUUCCGCCACAAAUGCCACCGCAAAUGACUCACCAGCAGGUUCCUCACCAGCUCACACAGGCGCACGGCCAUCCACAACAGCACCACCAGCAGCAACAACAGCCGCAGCAGCAGCCCCCGGUCUCAGCUUUUGGUAACCCAGCAGCUUAUCUAAACGCAGAACAAGCUGCCGUUUAUCAUCAGUAUUUCAAUGGCGUCAAUUCACAACAGGGACAGUAUUGA